CGAACGCACUUUCGCCGGCUUGCAGUGGCAUUAUUUAGUGGCGACAUGAGCAAAACACCUAAAGAAUUCUUGCUCGUACCAGUGUCCGGGCAGCAUCCGCCGAUUCGCAUCAAAACGGAACAAACCAUGGUUGGCCGGAGCCCCGAAACGUUGAUCCAGGACGCCAACUGUUCACGGAACCAAGUUUGUUUAAAAGCUAAUAUCGAGGGCCAAUACGUGCUGGUGAAAUCUCUUGGCCUCAACCCUUCCGUACUAAAUGGUGUAGAGAUGGAACGGAACGUAGGUUACGAAGCGAAACCUGGUGACGUGAUGGAACUUUUGCCAGGGUUGCACCGGUACACGUUUGAAUUGAAGUACGAAACGGAAACUAAAAAACCAGAAGUCCGUAAAGAUAGUAAUACAAGCCUGACAAACGGUCACAAGAGUAGAGAAACUUCUGGUAGCAAAAGAACCCGGAAUGAAGUGUCUCCGAAGGACGUCACCGAGAGCAAUGCUACAGCGAAGCGUGCAAAACCAACACCAGAUCCGACACCGACGAUAAGCACCGACCGCAAACCGCAGGUGUCCUUAACUCCAACGACGCAGAGCGUAUGGGAAUCGGUUGACGGUAAAAUGCUGCACGUCUACACCAGCGCUGGCGUGGUAUCGUCGGAAAAGAUCGCUGCGUACGAUAUGGAUGGGACGCUGAUAAAAACAAAAUCGGGCAACGUUUUCCCCAAAUCAAUAGACGACUGGCAGAUCGCCUUUCCGGAGGUGCCGGGAAAGCUUAAGUCUCUGCACAAGGCCGGCUUCAAGCUGGUUAUCUUCACCAACCAGGCCGGAAUCGGCAAGGGCAAGGUGCGCAUUGAAGAUUUUCGACAGAAAAUUGAAGCCCUGGUGCGCAAACUGAGCGUCCCGAUGCAGGUUUUCAUUUCCACCGGGUCGGGCAAGUACCGUAAACCUCGCACCGGCAUGUGGGAAACAUUGUGCGAGUCUAAGAACGAUGGCAUAUCCGUGGACAAGGUACGCAGCUUCUACGUCGGGGAUGCCGCCGGUCGGCCCGAGGUGAAAAAGCCCAUCAAACGAAAGAAGGAUCACUCCAGCGCGGACCGUUUGCUGGCGUUGAACGUGGGCAUACCAUUCUUAACGCCCGAGCUACACUUUCAGAACGUCCCGGACACCAACUGGGUGAAGCCAGAGUUUGAUCCGAAAGAAUUCUGCGAUGGCGUAUCGAAGCAAUCGCUUCUCUCCCCGCCUGGCACCAAGCUGACAAGCGGUGGGCAGGAAGUGAUCAUCAUGAUUGGCUUCCCGGGUUCCGGUAAAUCCCACUUCGUCCAUCAGCACCUGGCUUCGAAGGGCUACGAGAUUAUCAACCGGGACACGCUCGGUUCGUGGCAAAAGUGCGUCACCGCAAUGGAUGCCGCCAUCCAGCGCGGGAAAAGUGUGGUCGUCGAUAACAUGAACCCGGACGUGGAAAGUCGUAAGCGGUAUGUGCAGGUGGCCUUGCGUGCCAAAAUUCCGGUGAGAUGUUUCCUGAUGGACGUCAGCUACAAGCACGCGCGCCACAAUAACGCCUUCCGAGAGCUGACGGAUCGGUCCCACUCUACGGUAUCGGAUAUGGUAUUUAAUUUCUACAAAUCAAAGUUCCAGGAGCCAAAGGUUGAGGAAGGUUACAAGGAAAUUGUCAAAGUGCAAUUCGUCCCGAAGUUUACAGCCUCAACCGAUGAGCAACUGUACCGAAUGUACCUGUUGGAGAAAUAAAGUUUGAACUGCAUCGGAACUUGGAUUUAGGACUGUUUCCAUUAACUUUACGCUGUUAUUCACUCCGAUGUUGUAAUAAAAUAGGUUUAUUUCAAAUAAUUUAAUAAAGUAAAAUUAAAA